AUGCAUAUCCAAAUUACCCAAGAAAUUAAAGAAAAGGCUGACAAAGGAAAUGCUUACCCGAAUCUUGGUGGAGUCUUAUACAGUUUCGGUAAUUACGAAAACGCCAUAGACGGCCUCAACAUAUAUCUCAAAAAUGUCAAAGAAGAGGGAGACAAGGCUGAGGAGGGCAAUGCUUAUUGCAAUCUAGGCAUUGCUUUUCAUAGACUCGGAGAUUUUAAUAAAGCCAUACACUACCACAAACUGCAUCUUAACAUUGCCAAAGAAUUGGGGAGUAAAGCUGGAGAAGGAACUGCAUAUUGCAAUCUUGGCUGUGCUUUCAACAAUCUCGGUGAUUUAAAACAAGCCAUGGAUUAUCACAAUUUGCAUCUAAAAAUUGCCAAGGAGGUGGGAGAUAAAGUUGGUGAAGGAAAUGCGUAUGGCAAUCUGGGUACCGCUUUUGCCAGUCUCGGUGAUUUCAAAACAGCAAUAGAAUAUCAAAGUCUUCGUCUUAAAAUUGCUAAAGAAGUGGGAGACAAGUGCUGGCGAGGGUUCUGCUUAUGGAAGCCUAGGGAACGCAUUCCACGGAUUGGGUAAUUUUCAAAAUGCUGUCGACUAACAAAUGCUAAGUCUUCGAAUUGCUAAAGAAGUAGGAGACAAGGCAGCGGAAGGAACUACCUAUGGUAACCUUGCAAAUGCUUUCCUCGGUCUUGGUGACAUUCAACGAGCCGUCGCCUACCAAAAUCAAUGUCUUGGAAUUGCUAAAGAAAUAGGAGACAGGGCUGGGGAAGGACGCGCCUAUGGCAAUCUAGGAAAUGCUAUGGAAAAACUCGGUGAUGUCCAGAAAGCCGUCGACUAUUACAACUUACAACUUAAAGUUACCAAAGAAACAGGAGGCAAGAUUGCGAAAGGAAUUGCUCACGGCAAUCUUGGAAACGCUUUUUACCGUCUCGGUGACCUCAAAAACUCCAUAACGCACCAACACCUACAUCUUGGAAUUACCAAAGAAGUGGGCGACAAGGUUGGCGAGGGAAAAGCUUAUGGCAAUCUUGGAAAUACUUUUCACCAUCUCGGAGAUUUUCAAGCAGCAGCAGACCACUACAAUGCGUGUCUUAAGAUUUCUAAGGAAGUAGGAGACAAGGCUAUGGAAGCCAGCGCGUAUGCUAAUCUCGGAAAUACUUUUCAUGGACUUGGAAAUAUCAAGAAAGCCAUGUGUUACCAGAAACUAUGUCUGAAAAUUGUCCAUGAAAUUGGAGACAAAGCUGCUGAAGGUGCCUCGUAUGCCAAUCUUGGUCGUUAUUUUUACAGUCUCGGUGAUUACAAAAAGGCGAAAGAGCAGCACAAACUACAUCUUAAAAUUGUCAAAGAAAUGGGAGACAAGGUUGGCGAAGGAAACGUUUAUGGCAAUCUUGGAAAUGUCUAUCACAGUUUAGGUGAUUUUCAAACAGCUCCAGAGUACCACGAAUUAUGCCUUAAAAUUGCGAAGGAAUUGAGAGACAAAGUUAUGGAAGGAACAGCUUACAGCAACCUUGCUAAUGCUUUACAAAGUCUCGGUAAUGUCGAAAAAGCGGUAGAAUACUACAACAUACAUCUUAAAACUGUUAAAGAAACGGGAGACAAAGGUGCAGAGGGCAGUAUUUACGGCAAUCUUGGUAAUGCUUUUCGAUGUUUCGGUGAUUUGCAAAGAGCCAUAAACUACCACAAUCAACAUCUUAAAAUUGCCAAAGAAGUGGGAGACAAAGCUGGAGAGGGAAGUGUUUAUGGUAAUCUUGGCGCUGUCUUGGAAAGCCUCGGUGAUUUAAAAAAAUCCAUAGAGUGCUACAACCUUCAUCUCAAAAUUGCCAGGGACGUAGGAGACAAAGCCGGAGAGGGACAUGCUUAUGGCAAUCUUGGAAGUGCUUUUAGCAGACUUGGUGAUUUUCAGACAGCCAUAAGCUACCACAACCAACAACUUGACCUUGCCAAGGAAUUGGGAGACAAAGUUGCGGAGGGGAGUGCUUAUGGCAAUCUUGGCACUACUUUUUACAGUCUCGGUGAUUUUCAAAAAGCCGUAGACUACCACAAAUUGUGUCUUAAAAUUGCGAAGGAAGUAGAGAACAAGAAUCUAGAAGGACAGGCGUAUGGCAAUCUUGGAAUCGCUAUAAAUAGCCUUCAUGAUGACUUCGAAACAGCUCUGGACUACUUUAACUUGUCACUUCAAAUUUCCAAAGAAAUUGGAAACAAGAUUGAGGAAGGAAAUUCGUAUUCUCAUAUCGGCAAUACCUUCCAGAUUCUCGGUGAUUACGAAAAAGCUUUAACCUACUAUAACUCAUGCCUCACGCUUGCCAAAGAAACCGGGGACAAAUAUUUGGAAGGAAGUACGUAUGCCAAUCUUGGAAAUGCUUUUUACAGCCUCGGUGAUUUUGAAAAGUCAAUAGACCACCACAAUCUACACCUUGGAAUUGCCAAAAAAAUAGGGAACAAGACUGGGGAAGCGAAAUCAUACCAUGUGCUAGGUGAAAACUUCGAAUCACAGGGUCAUUUACCUGAAGCACAAGAAUGUUACAUGUCAAGUGUUAGGUUGUUGAAUGAAAUUAGAAUUGAUCUUCACUGUGACAAGCUGAAAAUUGGUUUCAGAGAUUUAUGCGAUGUUUCGUACACUCGUUUUUGGAGGAUUUUGUUAAGACAAGAUAAGAUUGUCGAAGCUUUGUUUGCUGCUGCACAAGGAAGAGCCCAAGCUUUAAUUGACCUGAUGGCAUCGAAGUAUGAUAUUCCAACAGGGCCAUCCUCGUUCAGUGAACAAGAAGAUAUGAAAGAUAGUGAGUUGCGCGAUAUUCCAUCAAAUACAGUUUUUCAGGCCAUUGAUAAUGGCGUCAUCAAUGUCUGGGUAAUCUUACAAGACAGAUGCGUCCAGUUUAAACAGACAUUACUUGACGAUCCCCUUGCAGUGGAUGAUACGCCAUCAUUUAUUCAGUCGUUAACACAAGGUGCCUACAGUAAUAUCGGUGUUCGUUCUGGGGUCAAGUGCGAGAAUCGUUCUCUAGAUGCAGUUCGAGAUAGUGACCCCCAGCUGGAAGAAAAACACAAGAAAAGCACUCAUUCAUGGCUCCAAAAGGAGAACUCGUUACGCAGCUUGUAUGACAUCGCAAGUAGGCCGAUUGCGGACCUGGUUCGAGAUAAUGAGCUACUAAUUGUACCAGAUGGUCCACUUUGGUCAGCUCCUUAUGCUGCUUUCUUGGAUGAUAAUUCUAAGCCUCUCUGUGAAUCAUUUCGAAUUCGACUGAUUCCCUCGCUGACCAGUUUGAAAAUAAUCUCUGAGUGUCCGAGACUGCAUCAAAAGGUAAGCGGAGCCUUACUUGUUGGAGAUCCAUGGGUUGCAGAAGUUACUGACAGAAGGGGAAAGAAACUUCUACAACACCUCAAAUUUGCCAAACAGGAAGUAGAGAUGAUAGGUGACAUCCUUAAGGUGAAACCCCUUACUGGAGAAAAAGCAACGAAGCGUGAGGUGUUGAAAGGACUUAGUUCCGUCGCUUUGGUUCACAUUGCAGCACAUGGUCGCAUGGAAUCUGGUGAAAUUGCUCCGGACCCAAAGCGAGCAUCUCGGAUUCCUACGAAGGAAGAUUACAUUUUAACAAUAGCAGAUGUGAUGAAUGUUAAAAUGCGAGCAAAACUGGUUGUCUUGAGUUGUUGUCACAGUGGCCGAGGAGAGAUCAAAGCAGAAGGCGCGGUCGGUAUUGCACGUGCCUUUAUGGGUGCUGGUGCUCGUUCUGUUCUGGUCUCACUAUGGGCGAUCGAUGACGAGGCCAUGCUGGAGUUUAUGAGAGGUUUCUACCAUCACCUGGUGGAAGGGAGAAGUGCAAGCGAGUCCCUAAACCUGGCCAUAAAAAGCCUCAGAGAAUCAGACAAGUACAGUGAUGUGAAAUACUGGGAGCCUUUUGUACUUAUUGGAGAUGAUAUCACUCUAGACUUCACUGAAAGAAAUGAGGCAUCGUAA